AUGACGGCGGAACAGCCGUCUCUCAGCACCCCCGGGGGCAUCUCAGAUCCCGGCCUCAUCAAGCUCGUCAACAAACUGCAGGAUGUCUUCACGACCGUCGGCGUCAACAACCCCAUCGAUCUGCCGCAAAUAGUCGUCGUCGGCAGCCAGUCGAGUGGAAAGAGUUCCGUACUAGAAAAUAUUGUCGGGCGCGACUUUCUACCCCGCGGGUCCGGUAUCGUGACCCGUCGGCCGCUCGUGCUCCAGCUCAUCAACCGGACCGCCGGGUCCCAGUCAAAUGGCCUCGAGAAGGAGCUUGCCAACAGCACCGACAAGGCGGCGAACAUGGACGAGUGGGGCGAGUUCUUGCAUAUCCCCGGCCAGAAGUUCUUCGACUUUAACAAGAUCCGAGACGAGAUCAGUCGGGAGACUGAAGCAAAGGUCGGCAGGAAUGCCGGCAUCUCGCCCGCCCCCAUCAACUUGCGCAUCUAUUCGCCCAACGUGCUCAACCUCACCCUCGUCGAUCUCCCCGGCUUGACACGAGUACCCGUCGGCGACCAGCCCCGCGAUAUUGAGAGGCAGAUUCGUGACAUGAUCGUCAAGUACAUCCAAAAAUCCAAUGCCAUCAUCCUGGCCGUCACGGCGGCCAACGUUGAUCUGGCCAACUCGGACGGUCUCAAGCUAGCGAGAGAGGUGGAUCCCGAGGGCCAGCGGACUAUCGGUGUGCUCACUAAGGUGGAUCUGAUGGACGACGGCACCGAUGUUGUCGACAUUCUGGCGGGGCGCAUCAUCCCCCUCCGCCUGGGAUACGUGCCUGUGGUGAACCGCGGCCAGAGAGAUAUCGACAACAAGAAGACCAUCAACCUGGCUCUCGAAGCUGAGAAGAACUUCUUCGACAACCACAAGGCGUACCGGAACAAGAGCUCGUACUGCGGCACCCCAUAUCUGGCCCGGAAGCUCAACCUCAUCCUUAUGAUGCACAUUAAGCAGACCCUGCCAGACAUCAAGGCCCGUAUUUCCAGUUCGCUGCAAAAGUACAGCCAGGAACUAGAGUCUCUAGGUCCCUCGAUGCUCGGCAACAGCGCCAACAUCGUCCUCAACAUCAUCACCGAGUUCACCAACGAAUGGCGCACUGUUUUGGACGGCAACAACACCGAACUCUCCAGCACGGAGCUGUCCGGAGGCGCCAGAAUCAGUUUCGUCUUCCACGAGUUGUAUGCGAACGGUGUCAAGGCGGUAGACCCGUUCGACCAGGUCAAGGAUGUCGAUAUCCGCACUAUUCUCUACAAUUCGUCUGGCUCAUCUCCGGCUCUCUUUGUUGGCACAACCGCCUUCGAGCUUAUCGUCAAGCAGCAGAUCAAGCGGCUAGAAGAGCCCAGCUUGAAGUGCGCAUCUCUAGUAUAUGACGAGCUGGUUCGCAUCCUCACCCAGCUCCUCGGCAAGCAGCUCUACCGGCGCUAUCCCUCACUAAAGGAAAAGAUACACGCAGUCGUCAUUUCAUUCUUCAAGAAGGCGAUGGAGCCGACAAACAAGCUAGUGCGGGACCUCGUCUCCAUGGAGUCAUGUUACAUCAACACCGGACAUCCAGACUUUUUGAACGGUCACCGCGCCAUGGCGAUAGUCAACGAGAAGCACAACCCUGUGAAGCCAGUCCAGGUCGACCCUAAGACCGGGAAACCCCUGCCAGCUAGCGCUACGCCUGUGCGGGCGGCGAGUCCCACGCUGGUGAAUAGCGGUGACGGCGAGGGCAAUGGCGGCUUCUUUGGCAGCUUUUUCGCGGCCAAGAACAAGAAGAAGGCCGCCGCUAUGGAGCCCCCACCGCCGACUCUCAAAGCCUCGGGCACGCUGUCAGAGCGCGAGAACAUUGAGGUCGAAGUCAUUAAGCUUCUUAUCAACUCAUACUACAACAUUGUCAAACGGACCAUGAUCGACAUGGUCCCGAAGGCUAUUAUGCUAACCCUUGUCCAACUCACAAAGGACGAGAUGCAGAAGGAGUUGUUGGAAAACAUGUACCGCCAGAGCGAGCUCGACGACCUCCUCAAGGAGAGCGACUACACCACGCGCCGGAGGAAGGAGUGCCAGCAGAUGGUCGAGUCCCUGUCGCGCGCCAGCGAGAUUGUCAGCCAGGUACAGUAG